AUGAGUCAAGCAAAACAGGGGAGGCGGAGGAGAUCGAGCAGCAUCAUUUACCAGGAACCCCCAGAGUCAAAUGAGCAGAUGAGCGACCAGGCGGCUCUCCCAAACCUAAAUGCUAAUUGGGUCAAUGCCAAAGGUGCCUGGACGAUCCAUUUUGUUUUGAUUGCUGCGCUCAAAAUCUUCUACGACAUCAUCCCAGGAGUCUCUCAGGAGACGUCGUGGACGCUCACCAAUAUUACCUACAUGUUUGUCACUUUCAUCAUGUUCCACUGGGUGCGGGGCAUUCCCUUUGAGUUCAAUGCUGGCGCUUAUGACAACCUCAACAUGUGGGAACAAAUCGACAAUGGAGAUCAAUAUACCCCUGCAAAGAAGUUCUUGCUUAGCGUGCCUAUCAUUCUAUUUCUCCUCAGCACUCACUACACCCAUUACGAUUUGACAUCCUUUCUUAUCAAUUUUUUGGCGACACUAGGCGUGGUUAUUCCCAAAUUACCGAUUUCUCAUCGUAUGCGGAUAGGUCUUUUCUCAGAGAUCCCGGAUGAACCGUAA